AGGGCAUUCAAUGAAAUCAUAGAAUGAUAGUUUAAACAUAUAUUUUUCAAAAGGGGAAACCAUGGGAGCAGGGGAAUCAAAGGAAGAAGAAGAAAGAAGAUGGAGGGCACAAUGGAUGAAGGACUUUGAAGCAAAGAGAGAGGAGGAAGAAAGGAGAGUGAGGGAACAAUGGAUGAAGGAAGAAGAAGAAAGGAGCAGGCAAUUCAGAAGUAGCUUGGGGGAACAAUGGAGGAAGGAAGAAGAAGAAAGGAGCAGGCAGUUAGAAAUGAAAUGGAGGGAACAAAGGAGGAAGGAAGAAGAAGAAAGGAAAAGGGUUGAAGAAAGGAAGAAGGAAGAAGAACGGAAAAUGAAGGAACAAAGGAUAAAGGAAGAAGAAGAAAGGAAAAGGGAGAAACGAAGGAAGAAGGAAGAAGAAGAAAGGAAAAGGAAGGAAGAAAGGAGGAAGGAAGAAGAAGAAAGGAGAAGGGAGGAAGAUAGGAGAUUGGGGGAACAAUGGAGGAAGGAAGAAGAAGAAAGGAGAAGGGAGUUAGAAAGGAGAUUGGGAGAACAAUGGAGGAAAGAAGAAGAAGAAAGGAGAAGGGAGUUAGAAAUGAAAUGGAGGGAACAAAGGAGGAAAGAAGAAGAAGAAAUGAAAAGGGUUGAAGAAAGGAAGAAGGAAGAAGAAAGGAAAAUGGAGGAAAAAAGGAUAAAGGAAGAAGAAGAAAGGAAAAAGGAGAAACGAAGAAAGAAGGAAGAAGAAGAAAGGAAAAGGGAGGAAGAAAGGAGGAGGGAGGAAGAAAGGAAAAGGGAGGAAGAAUGGAGGAAGGAAGAAGAAAGGAAAAGGGAGGAAGAAAGGAGCAAGGAAGAAGAAAGGAAAAGGAGGGAAGAAAAGAGGAAGGAAAAGAAAGGAAAAGGGAGGAACGAAGGAAGAAGGAAGAAGUUGAAAAAAGGAAAAGGGAGGAGGAAAAGGAAAAACAAUAGAAAUGAUAGGCAGACUAAUAAACAAAGAUAUUAGAAAGAUGGCAAAAAAGACUAGUGACAUCCUCAAUAGUGGUGGCAACAGCCUCGGCAGCUACAGUAGUAAUAACAACAGUGACAAUGAUACUGAACAUGAAAAUGGCAAGAAGAAGACAAAUAGUAGUACUGACAUUGACAAGAAGAUAAAGAAUGAGGACAAAUCAAAUCACAGUGGCACUGACACUGGCAAGAAGACAAAAAAGAAUGAGGACACAACAAACCAUAGUGGCACUGACACUGACAAGAAGAUAAAGAAGAGUGAGGACAAAGAAAACCAUAGCGGCUCUGACACUAGCACUAACAAGAAGAAGAAGAAAGGAGAAGCAUGGAUUAAGACAAAGAUGGAGCCUUGAAAGGAGCUACAUGGAUGCAUUCAUCCAUCCAAAUAUGCAUGCAUGCAUACAUAUAUAUAUAACUACAUAAAUAAAUGUAUUGUCCAUUACAAUGGAUAUAUAGAUUAAUAGAAUACUGGAAUAAUUUUACACACAAUAAUGAAAUAAUUUGAUAGAUUGAAUA